GAAAUAGAUACAACAUUAAUGCUGCUUUCUUAGCCUAUCUUGCUUUGGCGACCUCAAGUUCAACAACACUCGUCGCUGGAUCCUUUGAACUUGCCCACCUCGACCUCGAGCACGAUGGCAUCACACUCUGAGUUCGGCGAGAGGACCCCUGGGUCCGAGGUUGCCAGCAUGUUUGCCGAUCAGAUCCGAGGGAAGACUAUCCUGGUUACUGGUGUUAGCCCUAAAGGGAUUGGCUCUACAACGGUCCUCAACAUUGCCUCCCAGAAGCCCGGGCUGUUGAUCCUGGCAUCCCGAACCAGGUCUCGCGUGCAGGAGGUGGCAAGUCAGAUCGAGGAGAAAUACCCUGGCACGCGGGUAGAGAUUGUCAUACUGGAUCUGGGCUCUCAGAAGGCGAUCCGACAGGCCGCCGCCGACGUGGCUGCCCUGACGGACAAGCUCGACAUCCUCAUCAACAACGCCGGCAUCGUUGUCACCUCCCGCCAAGCGACGCCGGAGGGUAUCGAGCAACAGUUUGGCACCAACCACAUCGGCCCCUUCCUCUUCACCAACCUCCUCCUGCCCCUGCUGCGGAAGGCGGCUCAGAGCAACCCGCCGGGCGCCACGCGCAUCGUGAACCUUACCAGCGCCGGCCACAGGCUGUCACCCAUCCGCUUCUCCGACUACAACUUCGAGGGCAAGCCCGUGCCGCCGGAGGAGGACCACUUCAAGCCGCUCCCCGGCGCCUUCGGCAAGUGUGCCCCCGACGGAUACAACGGCAUUGUCACCUACGCGCAGUCCAAGACGGCAAACAUUCUAUUCACGCUCUCCCUCCAAAAGGAACUGCCCAAGCAAGGCAUUGCCGCCUACUCUGUUCAUCCGGGCACUAUCGAGACCGACCUCAGCCGAGACCAGGACGCUGAAUUGUCGGCGCAGUUCUACAAAGUUGCCCCAUACUGGAAGACACAUGACGAGGGAAGCUCGACGACACUUGUUGCUGCCUUGGAUCCGGCUCUCAACGAAAUCAAGGGCGUGUACCUCGUUGACUGCCAGAUCACUGAACCUUUUGCCCACGCAAAUGACCCUGUUGCCGCCGAUCGCUUAUGGAAACUGAGCGAAGAGCUGGUUGGCGAGAAGUUCGCCCUUGACGCUUCCGCUUGAAAGUAGGCGGGAUGACAACACGUAUGCAGGGCUUCAUUGUUGUGUUGGGUGCCCAUUUUGACCCAUUACCACUCAAAGGAAUACCCUUACCGUAUGGGUCGGAGGAGUGGGCAAUCCAAUUAUCCCGUGAUGACAGCAUCUUUGUGGAACUAUUCAAUAAAUUAAUCGUCACCUGCGGAAAUGUAGAGUCUGAGUUAGAGGCUCCAAACAUCACUCCUGGGCUCCAGUGGGCUGUUCUCCGCCGCGUUCAGCUCGCAGAUGUGGCAUUCAUUGAAUCACGCCCUGAAUCUUCCAAUUUGUUGAGUAUUUUCCACUCAGUAUCAUAUUUCUCAUGACAAUUUGAAGGCUAAAAUGUGGCUA